UUGUUCUGCGCUUAGAUAGGCAUAGAGUACCUACCGUAGAGAGAAGAACUCCCCGCCCCCACUACGUACGAGGAUCUGUACUGUACUCUCUUCUCUACUCCAACAACAGACAGACAGCACCAUGUUCUCACGAGCGAUCCGUCCCGCCACGAGCGCAAUCCGAAUCUCGCGGUCCCGAACCCUGCAGACACUGUGCCGGCCGCGCCCAGCAGCAGCAGCAGCACCACUACGGCCGCACCUUCAGCAGCAGCACCGAAAUGCGUCGAACUAUCGCAACCUCCUCGACGAGAUGCAGAACGGCGGGCUGCGACGGAACUGGCUGAGCAUCGCAACCUUCACCACGCUUAUCAGCAUCGCCCUCGGCUCCGGCAUCUACGUCGUGUACCUGUACAACGAGCUGGUCGAGAAGCCGCUGUCGGUGUACCCAUCCGCGGUGGCCUCGCAGAUCAAGGCCGCGCUGUACCAAGCCUCGCGAGGCAACGUGACCGAGAUGGCCGCGGCGUUCAAGGCCGCCAUCACCGCUGCCGAGGCGGCCGGCAUGCACCCGCUCUCAGAUGAAGUCGCUGGGCUGAAGAUUGAAUGUGCGCAGUUCCUGCUGAAGAUGAAGGAGGGCGCGUAUGCGGAGAAGGGGGUCCAGGUGCUCGAACAUGUGCUGGACGAGUCUGCGGCUGGCGCGGAGUUCUUCGAGAAGGAGGGCCGCUGGGGUGAUAGGAAUAAGGUGCUCAAGCGCGCGGUGUUGCUGGGGUAUAAGAUUGGCGAGAUCUAUCAGGGCCUCGAGAAGGAUAGGGAGGCGGAGGAGGCGAUGUCGUGGAGUACCGAGACGUUGCUGGAGGAGAUCAAGCGGAGGGAGGGGAAGAAAGUGGACGAGAGCGAGGAGGGGGAUUGGUUCGAUGACAUUGCCAUGUCGGCCUGCUUCGAGAAGCUCGCCCAACAGUACGAAAAGACAUCACAAUACUACCUCGCCACGCCGCUCUAUCUCAAAGCGCUCUCGCUGCUGCCGCCGCACACGUGCCACGCAAUAACGUUAAUGAACAAUCUCGGCGCCUGUCUCUCACGGCAGCAGCCCCCGCCGGCCUCGGCCGCCACAGGCGCGCCCGCUUCCGUUACCCGCGAGCAGCUCCUGAGCAACGCCCAGAAGUGGACCGAGAAGGCGCUCGAAAUAGACGCAAGAGUCGUCCCGCCCAUCCGAACCGCCGAGUGCGACGAGGCUUGUGUCGCCGCUACCCACAAUCUCGGCGAGAUCGCGCGGAUGCUGGGAAACAAAAAGCUUGCGACGGAGAAAUUUGACGAGGCGAUGAGUCUGGCGAAGGGAUUGGGCAUGGCGGAUGGAGUAAAGGCGGCGAGGGAGGGUCUGCUGAAGGCGGAUGUAAUGAAGGAGGGCGAGGUUAGUCUUGUGUAGAAGUGAAGUGUAUGAUGUUGGAGAUAUUAGAACAUGCAUAGUACGACAGUCUGUUUGCUUGGUUGGAGGUGUGUAUGAUAAGAAAAGAAAAUCCAUUCUUGUGUCUGUCUGUCUGUCGAUUCGUCGUCGGCGUGCUCCCCACGCCGGAUUGAGUCCGUCCAUCCCGCUCAUCCCGCUCCGCUCAUCCUGUCCCCCCCCCCCAAAAAAAAAUAAAAAAAUAAAAAAAAAGAUAAUCAAAAAAUA